AAAUAGAGGGUUUUCAUCCGGUGCAGAAGGGAAACCUUUCUUCUUUCUGAAAGCAGGUCUGCUGAGAUGCGCAGGGCUCCGACACAGCGGAGGUCGCGAGGCUGCUGGUGAAUUACAAUUGGGAUACGAAGCCAGCAUGAACGAGGGGCUCUUUUUUCGUGGUUUACGAUUUUCCCGCAUGUUUAAUUAAUUGAAGCUUUCUUCUGGUGGGAGGAUUUAGUCCCGCGGUCGCAUGCAGGGAUGAUUUUUCUCGGCUUGGUUUUGCUACAGAGGACCAUGGAGACCUCCGAAGGCAUCGGUCAUGCUCUCUGGUGAGAGUGUGGCUGGGAGCGAGAGUUGUAAAGUCCCCAGAAUUACAUCACAUGGAGGUCAAAGGACAUCUGAUCACGUCCAUGGGUUUGGGGGCUCCUGAUGUUCAAGGUUGCCAGGACAGCAAGCUGCAGGCUGAGAGGGUUACAGCUCUGCAGGAGAGGAAGAAGGCCCUGGAGGCUCUCCUCAGCACCAGAGUGGGAGAGCUCAAACAAGUCUGUUUGCAGGAAGCAGAGCUGACUGGGAAGUUGCCACAUGCUUUCCCCCUGGAGACGGGAGAGAAACCCCCAGUGGUGCAGCGCAGAGCUGGCCUGGCGCCCACCACCAAGGCAGAGGAUGAGGCUGCCCAAAGAAAGCAGAUGAAAGCCAUCUUCACUGGUGCUCUGUACAGACACUCAGAAUCAGACCGAAAUGUCUCAAAUAGCAAGAGGACUGUUCAUCGGGGGUGUCACACAGAGGACACUGUCAUGUCAGAGAGUACAAGCUCCAUGUCGGAUUCAACAUCCCAUGACAAUGAGUCUUCUCCCAGUGUGGCAGCUGACCAGCGCUCUCUGUCUCAGCCCCGGCUCACUGUGGGCAGCCCUGACCACAGGAUCAGCAGGAAGCUGUCGCCAGUCGAGAUUUACUACGAGAUGAGGACACGCCGCAACUCCGUCACAAGCUCUGUUAGCCCAACUCACUCCUUACCCAGAAGUGCGUCUAACAUUGAAGGCAGAAGUGUCCCAGCGACUCCUCUGUUGGCCCGAACGGCUCCAAUCAGUGUUCACGUCAGGUCGGAUGCAUCAGGUGAUAAUGGGUUGAAGCAGUGGUCUGGCAGCCUGGAUGUACCCUACAUGAUUCCAUUGGCCCAGGAGGGCUCUUCUUCUGACCGUCGAGGCUGCCCGUACAGCUCCAGGGCCAGGCGCAGUAACAGCUCCGAGGCCCUGCUGGAUAGAUCGAGCCUCCCUGAUGAUCCUGCUCCCAGAAACGGGAUGCCUCCAAGAGGAGGGCCCUACAAGAGCUCAGAGACACUUACUGAUGGCAAGCUGCGACACAUUCACCUGGGCAGCCCUGAGAGACAUGCCGAUGGCUCUGUGGACCAGGCCAAAAUGCGUCUGUCGAUGGGCGACAGAGCGGCUGGUGGAGGCUACAAUGAGCUUUUGAUGGACUAUAUCUGGGGGAAACAGCAGAGGAUGCAAGUGCAGCACCACCUAUACCAGUCCACAGGCAGGAUCUGGCAGGACGUGCCCUCUCCUCGCUCCUCCACUGCAGCGGUGCCUCCCCAUGCUAACGGCUUUUCCCAUUCCCAGGUGCACCUACCCAGCGCUGCACCUCCGUACAGCCCCAUGGUGCUCCGAGGGUCCCAAGCUGAGCUGCGAAGGGUCAAAGUCACCAGAACCAAAUCUUGUGGACCCUUCAUUCCUUUGCAGCAACAUCCCCAGGACGCCAUCCUGCUGUCAGCCUAUGAGUCACCUCUUCCUGCCUCUGGAACCACCACGUCCUCCAUUCCCAACCUGCACCCCUACCAGACGGAGUUGUCUGGCCCCUCCUUCAGUCGCAGACCCCCACAGUUCUCUCUCCCAACCCCAGAAGACUCAACGCGAAGCUUACAUAAAGCUCUUGCUCUGGAGGGACUGAGGGACUGGUACCUGAGGAACGCCCUUGGCUAUCCUCCUGCUGCCUCAAAGGGCCACGAGGCAGGGAUCUCUCGCCUGUCACACCCCCACCCGCUGGUGCACCAGGCCCAGUCUGUUCAAGGUGAACCAGCCAACCUCCACAGGUCGCAGUUACCCCAGUCAGUCAGCUUCCAUGGUCACCCGCUGCAUGGAAGGUCGAUGGAGUUCUCUCUGUACCAGGAGACUCCUCAUCCACAGAUGCAAGAGGUGACCCCAAAGGAACCGAGUGCAGACCCAGGCACCCUCGUCUGAAGCAGCAAAACACGCACACACACACGCACCCUGCAUUAUCUGAGCAAAAUACUGUAGCCUCACACACACACACACACACACACACACACACACAUACACACAUUCACUUAGACUCACACGCACACAGACAAGUUGAUACAAUGUGACCUCAGCAGCAAAGCAAAACACGGCAACCUCAGCAGAAAGAGACUGGAAUAAAUGACAAACUGUAGCUGUACAGUGUGAAAAAGCCUUGGCAAGUUCCCCGUGUUCUAACCGAUCCCACCAGUAUAUGAACCCAUCAAACCCAGUGUUCUCAUGUGGAUGUGGACUGGAGUUGACUCAUCUAAUAACAAUAUGGUCAUGCUGUACUUAAUAGUAUAUCGAUAUUUCUGGUCCAACACGAGCAGUAAACUCCUUCCUAAUAACCCUGAAAAGUCUCCCGAGAUAUACUUUUUUACAGAAUAUAUACAACUCUAAAUUACUAUUUUGUAUCUUCUGAGAUAUAAAGAACAGCUAUAUUAAAGAGGUAAUUUAUUGCUCAUUACUCUUGUGAUAUACGAAGAUGUUAUAUGAGCUCAUAUCAUUUGAAAAGUAUUAAUACAUGCCAGUGAAUGUGUGUUUGUAAACUAUAUAAAAUGCAAAAAAAAAAGACAUGCUUCAGUCUUCAUCUGCCGUUAAUUUCAAAGCCAUUUGUAUUUUUCACGUUUGAUAAAUGAAAGGGGCCAUGAACUGUAGUGUACUGGUGUAGCAGACAGGAGUGCCUAAAUGUUUUAAUAUCUAAACUUGGUUAGAAAACCUUUAAAGUGCUUUCUAAUAUUCUGAUAUGCUAGCAUUAAAGGAGCAGUGUGUG